AUGGCCAAGGUUUUUGGUGAAGAUAUCCUGCCACCUUCAGCUGCUAAGAAGGAGCUCGGAUCAUAUGAAAACCGAGAUGGCUUGAGCAUUGGAGAGCUAAUUGACUCCCGCAAGAAUGGGGGUCUUACAUAUAAUGACUUCUUGGUGCUCCCUGGCUACAUUGAUUUCCCAGCCUCUAAGGUUGAUCUGCGAACACGCGUAACGAAGGACAUCGUGUUGAAUACGCCCUUUAUUUCGAGUCCUAUGGAUACGGUCACGGAAGUCAAUAUGGCCAUAUCUAUUGCUCUUAUGGGCGGUAUGGGUGUGAUCCACAACAACAUGUCACCACAAGAACAAGCAGCCAUGGUGCGCAAAGUAAAGAUUUUUGAAAACGGCUUUAUCACUGAACCGCUUGUUCUGAGCCCCCGUGAGACGGUUGGUGAUGUGCUCGAAAUCAAGGAACGUUUAGGGUUCGCGGGCAUUCCUAUUACAGAGACGGGUUCAUUGAAGAGCAAGCUUGUGGGUAUUGUGACGGCUCGUGAUAUACAGUUCCGUGAUCCAUCGACGCCACUUAUUGAAGUGAUGACGCGUGAGCUUGUGACAGCGCCCACAGGUAUCACGCUGGAAGAAGCAAACUGCAUUCUGCGUGAUAGCAAGAAAGGCAAGCUUCCUAUUGUGAAUGCCGAAGGUGACUUGAUUGCGUUGCUCGCUCGCUCCGACUUGAUGAAGAACCAGGACUAUCCACUUGCAUCGAAGCGACCCGACAGCAAACAACUUUACUGUGCAGCAGCCAUUGGAACACGCCCGCACGACCGUGAGCGACUUGCUAUGCUGGAAGAAGCUGGUCUGGACGUCGUUGUGCUGGACUCUUCGCAGGGAAACUCGACGUACCAGGUAGAAAUGAUCCGCUGGAUCAAACAGACAUACCCCAAACUGCAAGUUGUUGCUGGCAAUGUCGUCACUCGUGAACAGGCUGCAACACUCAUCGAAGCAGGUGCUGAUGCUCUACGUGUUGGAAUGGGUAGUGGAUCCAUUUGCAUUACACAAGAAGUCAUGGCUGUGGGUCGUCCGCAAGGCACAGCCGUGCGCCAGGUGGCCGAAUAUGCUAAGCGUUUCGGCGUGCCAGUAAUUGCUGACGGUGGUAUUCAAAACGUGGGACACAUUGCCAAGGCGCUUUGCCUUGGUGCGAGUGCUGUGAUGAUGGGUGGCCUUCUGGCUGGUACAACAGAGAGUCCUGGUGAGUACUUCUACCGUGAGGGGCAGCGAUUGAAGGGAUACCGAGGUAUGGGCUCUAUCGAGGCCAUGGAACACCAGAGCAAGAAGCGUCGCUUCGAUGGUGCUACGGGUCGUGCAACAAAGAAAGUCGAGCAGGUCGGUACCGAUGUUUCGGCUGAGAAUGCGGCGACACAGCGCUACUUCUCAGAAAGCGACGCUGUGAAGGUGGCCCAGGGUGUGUCAGGCUCCGUUCAGGACAAGGGUAGCAUCAAGAAGUUCUUGCCAUAUCUGUACACGGGCUUGCAGCACUCGCUCCAAGAUAUGGGCGUACCGAGUGUCGAUGCCCUGCGCGAUUCUGUGACAUCAGGUGCUGUGCGCUUUGAGCUGCGGACUGCAAGCGCUCAGCUCGAAGGCGGGGUCCAUGGCUUGAUGCACUAUGAAAAGCGUCUGUUCUCGUCGUAG